AUGAAAGACAUCUUAAGUCAUAAGAAAGAUUGGAAAGAGGCAGAAAAAGUGCUCCUUACUGAAGAAUGCAGUUCAGUAAUCCAAAAGAGCUUACCGGAGGAACUCAAAGAUCCUAGGGGCUUUAUGAUACCCUGCACCUUAGGGGAUGCCUAUACAAAGACAACCCUAUGUGAUCUUGGAGCAAGUAUUAACCUAAUACCUGCAUCACUAAUAAAGAGACUCUGUUUAACUCACAAAGUUAAACCUACCCGCAUAUGUCUUCAACUUGAUGAUGGCUCUGUUAAGCAUCCAUCAAGCGUGAUUAAGGACAUGAUUGUUAGGGUUGGACCCUUUAAUUUCCCCACAAAUUUUGUGGUACUGGAAAUGGACGAACACAAGAGUGCGUUCCUUAUCCUAGGAAGACCCUUCCUAGCUACAGGACGGACCCUCAUUGAUAUUCAGAAAGGGGAAGUAACCCUGAGAGUCAAUGAGGAUAAGUUCGUGCUAAAUGUUGUCAAAGCCAUGCAGCAUCCAGACACUCUAGAUGAAUGCAUGAGUAUUGAUAUCAUCGAUUUCCUGGUGGAAGAAGUGAAUAUGGCUGAGAGACUUGAAGAAGUACUGAACGACUUUUUUUAUGAUGCUCAGCCUGAUUUAAAGGAGCCAAAGGAAAUAAAGGAGCCUCUGGAAACUCCUAAGGAAGAGGACAAGUGGUGCACGAAAUUGUGA